AAGCGCAAGAAAACAAAUCAAAAAGCGAAAAACUAAAAAACUUCUAAAAACUCUCAAAACCCAAAAAAAGUGAAAAAAAGUUCAAUUCAAGUGAAAAAAGAGAAAAAAAGCAACAAGAAACAAUGGACCGAAGCAUCAUAAUUCCAUUUUUGUUCGACCAUCAACCAGCUGAAUGGAGUCUCUUUGAUCCUUGGCGCUACGCUUUGCAAAACUUUGGUCAUCAUCAUCAUCACGUCACUCCAGCUCAACGUCAGGGAUCCAAAAAAGGCGAUUUGUUCAGUCAAUAUUUGAGAGAAUUGCAGAAAGACUUCGAAACUGUGCAGAAACUCGAUGACGAAGGAUUCCGUUUCCGUGUCGACGUUCAAGACUACAAGCCAGAAGAAAUCAAAGUCAUGCUCGAAGGCAACACAGUAACGGUCGAAGGCAAGCAUGAGGAACGUUCAGAUGCUCACGGAACAAUUUCUCGUCAAUUUGUCAGAAAAUUCGCGUUGCCAAAGGGAGUCAUCGAUGUCGAAAAAUUGCAAUCGAACUUCAGCAGCGAUGGCGUUUUGACAAUUUGUGCACCGAAAUUGCAAGCAAUUGAGAACAAGAAAGCACGAGAAAUUCCCAUUGAACGCUGCGGACCUGUAAAGGAACAAAUUCAACAGAAAAAUGGUGAUGAAGAGAAAAUGGAGUAAAAUGUUUCCAAAGAACCUCAUAUCCAGUAUUUUUUAAGCUUUCGACUGAAUAGAUUUUAAGUUUUUGCUUACUUGUAAUGUUCCUCAGGUGAUUUUUGUUCAAUAAA